ACAGUACAAAAUCAUUCCAACUUUGUACGCUGUAAUGUGCAAUAAUUUUUACUAAAAUUUUAAAAUAAUCGCUGUAUUCGGGUGUUUUUCGAUUUCCUUUAUCGAUGUGCGAGUUUGGUUUAAUCCUGGUUUUCCGAAAUGCCAUAAUCAUCUGUGCACCGUGAAAUCUGAGGGCGCGUGUGUGGAAGUAAAGAACAACAAAAAUUUUCGCGGCGUCCAAUCAAAACAGAAAAUUUAAUACAUAAACAAAGCUUCUGAAAAAAAUGGAUCAAUAUCCUUACAAUAUAGCGCCAAACUUCCAAUACCCGGAUGGUUCCGUGGAAAAACCGUCGGAUAUCGUGUCGGAGAACACCUCUACUUUGACUCCACUGGUUCCUCCGGAUGGCAGUGCAUACUACUUGCCCGGCCCACCCACAUAUGUCUACGAUGCGACGCUACAGCAGCACCCGCAUCUACACAACCCGAUGCCUGCAAAUGGAUUGAUCGCUCCCCUGGAACCGGUUCCGCGGGAUGUUUACACCCCUUACAAUAAUGUGGUCACUCCGCAGCAUACCGCUUUGGAACCAGUCCCGAUUUCAAACGUUCCUUACCCGGUGCAACCGGAAAGCGUUCCCCUUAUGGUAAGCCCCGCCCCUAUCGAAACCGCGGUACCGCCUGCGGAUGCUUACCAGCUGGGUCCUCCGGUAGACCAGGUGGCAGUAGCAGUAGCAACGGAAUCUUUCAGUGCACCGGAACAACCAGUCGCUAGCCAAGUCCCCGAAUACGGAUCCGCACCGGCAGCAAAUGAUCAUGUUGAAGACGACACUCAUCAACCACAAGAAAGCACUAGUGUACCAGAGCAAGAAUCUCUACCAACAUCUACACCAGAUACACCGAUACCAGACAAACCAAUACCAGAUACACCAACAACAGAUGUACCGAUUUCUGCAACGGAAGCCCCAAUCUCCUCCACUGAUCCAAUAGAAAACCAGGAGUCUUCAAACAUUGACACCGAUCUUCCAGAGGCUGCUCCAACCGAAGAACCAUCGGUUGUAGAUUCAAUCCCUGUGACGGUAGAUGCUUCUACAGAAAACGUAGAAGAAUCAUCCGAGACGAUCGCCAAACGUCCGGUCACCGCAGUCGAAGAACCCAUUUCCGGAGGCAUCUGUAAAAAGAAACGUCGCCGUAUAUUGUUGAUGAACGACGAUGAUGACGACAGCGAUGACGCUGAGAUGGAUCGUUUGGAACUGCUGAGGUCACCGGAACCUCCUGAACCUGAGAAUGAGGAUAAACGUGAUGGGGAGGCGACAACUGAAGAAGGCGAUGAGGACGGAAAAGAAGUCGGUGAAGGAGUAGAUGAUGAAGAAAGACCUGGUUCGGCGGGUUCGACUACGGCAACGGCUUCCUUGUUGCAGAAUGUUGUUAUGAUACCAGCCGGGGAUAGUGAUGCACACAAGCGCAAGAAGAUUCGGGUGCUGGAUAGCGACGAUGAAGAUGAAACGGCGAACAACGUUGACGAUAUUGGGCUUAUGGGAGAAGACGACGAGUUGAAUCCUGGGGGAUUGAUGAUGGACGAGAAUGCAGAAGAUGGCGAUUACGGAGCGAUGGAGGGUAUCGAGUUGGAUAAAAUGGAGCAGAUCGUAACGAUGGAUGCUCCGAUCAUCGAUCCUAGUCUAAUGGAGGGAGAAGACGAUGCUGCCUCGGAGGAGGGAGAAGAAAAUAAAUCGGAUGCAGGAGAGGAUGCCGAAUCACAUCACGAGGAUGAGGACAGACAAAGUGGUAGCGAAAAGGGCGAUGAAGAACGCUCGAAUGCUAGUGAAGCAGGUGAUGCUGCGGAGGACGAAGAAGUUGAAGAAGAGGAAGAGGAAACCGCAGAAGAGGGGGUGGAGCUUAUAACUGCCGAGAAUGAUGAAGGUGAGGCCAUAGGUUUAGCCACGGACGAUGAACAGGAUAUGGAGGAGGAGGAACCACCGGCCGAAGAAAAUCAAGCAGAAGCACCAGCAGACGAAAAUCAAGCAGAUACACCAGCAGAAGAAAGUGACCAAGAAGCACAGGAAUCCGAUGCUGCAGCAGAACGGUCAAGAUCGGAAGCCGAAGAAUCCGAGGAGGAGCAACAAAGCGCCUCGGAAAAGGAGGACGAAAGCGAAAAUGAAAAAGACCAAAGUGAAUCACGUUCGGCGGCCUCGUCGCCAGUUGACAAUGAUGAUCAGAACAGCCAAGACUCGAUAGCUUCGAAUCAAAAGAAAAGUAACGCUAAAUCGGACGAUGAAAUAGUGUGCCAGAAUGAUCUGGAUCUCAAAACAAUAUCGCUCUUGACCGAUGAAGAAGAUGACAUCACUACACCACUUCCGCCCCCGAAAAAAGAGCUUCCCGUGGUGAGAAUAGUCAACAUCAAGAAGGAACUGUUGGAUGAUAGAUUCGCAAAAAGGGAAUCAUCCCAUUCUUAUCAGCAACAGCACUAUUUGAAGCAGCAACAGAUGGCACAAAAACAGAAACAAAAGAAGAAAAGGAAGGAGCGGACCUUCGACAACAAUGAUCCAUUUGGUGCGUGGUCCAGUUCGUCGAGCGAAGAUGAAUUCAUUCCCAACGACAUCUACUUCGGUACCACGGAUCGGGUGUUUACGUCCAGCACCAAGGCACGCUGUCAGCGGGAUAAAAUGCUGGAAGAACGGUAUUACGCCAAGUACGGCAACAAGUAUAGUAAAUACCAAAAGCAACGGUACACGGCAGAACCGACUCCGGAGGAGUUGAAGUGGCGCAAAGGCAUUAUGGAAGAAGUGUCUCGCCUAAACAUACCGUCUUAUCAACAGCAGCAACUGGAAAACAUGAUCAACAAACGGAAGAAAAAGAAGCGGGAUCGGUUCUACGAUAGGUCCCAAGAAAUUCCGAAUGAUAUCUAUUUCAACAAUAUAAACGUUCCUUUGCACAUUCUGCACGCUUUCGGUAGCAGUUCAUCGGACGAUGAGCGAUCGGAUGCUCGCACUGGUUCCAAUCGACCAUCGUCAGGGUAUCCUGGUCACAUGAAGUCGUCGUCAAGUUCGUCAUCUGUCAAGGUCAAAUAUUCUUCCGGCCGAAGGCCGGGAAGGCCGCCAAAGAGCGCGUCUUCGGAUUAUAGCAGGUCAUCGGUUAGCCCGAGCAGCGAUCGUUCCAUACAGGCCAUGAAGGAGUACCUGAAGAUUGCUGGCUUCAAGAAGGUAAAAUUCCACAAACUCUGGGAAGGCUGUAAAUCGAACCAGGAACGUGCCAACGCCAUCCUACAGCUGAUGCAGGAGAAAGGCCUGGAAGGUGAGCCCACAGUGGCCAAAUGUCGGGAGCUGAGGAAGCAAUUGCAAAUGGAGCGGGAAGUUAACACUUUGGACACCAGUCUUAUCAUCGAUUCCGGCGAAGGUCGCAUUACUCGAAGAAGUCUCCGAAAUCCUCGUCCUGCGAAGAAUCCAGACGAUCCCGAUGCUCCGUCCACUUCCGGGACGUCGCAACCGCCGGAAGUUCCACCAGAGUGUCAGGAAACAUUGAAUCGCAUCCGGAACGUGAUCGAUCCGGACUCGGAUGGCGAGUAGUUUGGUUAACAUUCAUGCGGGCCAUACUAUCUAAAAAUUUGUAAAUACUUUCCCAUACUAUAAAGUGUAGGUGUGCGUGUAUGUGUGUGUCUGACGAUCACACAGAACAAUCAAAAGUGUGCUGCGGCCAUACAAUUUCAAAUUAUAUCUACUACAUAUUUUUUUUAUUUCCAGUGAGUUUAGUUUCAAACGCCCUAACACUAACGAUUAUUCAAGGCAAGAGAUGUUUAUUUUGAUCCCAAGCGAAUCAAUAUCGAUUUUAUAAGCAUAGAGAUGAUUUCUCAAAGAGAAGAAAAGUUUAUUCUAGAUUUGGUUUUUCAAUUCCUAUAAGAUACAAUAUCAUUAUGGUAUUCACAGAAAAUAGGUAAAUAUGUUUUCUUUUCGCUACUGCUAAGAAAACCAAUUUAGGUAUCACAACCUAUAGCGAUUUCCAUUGCAGAUUAUAUUGUACCAGUAGAACAGUCAUUUGUUGAUUCUAACAAUACAUAAAUGUAUAAUCAUAAGUUUUCAUUGCGUAUUAUCAUCAGAUUGAGCAUGUGGACAUCAUGGUAUAAAUAAAUAUAGCUUUUUAAACAA